CACAAACCAUCCGCCUCCCGACCGACGACAUCUUCUCCCAUCAAACCAGCUCGCCGUCGCGACCAAGCCUUCAAGAUGCCGGAGUUCUCGCCCGCCUCCUCGCCGGCCAGAAUUUUUGCAGCGCCGGCUAACACCUUUCCACCCCUACAGAGCCACAAGACUUUCCGCACCAAGCAAAAGCUUGCCAAAGCUCAGCGUCAGAACCGCCCCAUCCCCCAGUGGAUUCGUCUGCGCACCGGCAACACCAUCAGAUACAACGCUAAGCGGCGACACUGGCGCAAGACCCGUCUGGGCAUCUAGAUUCGACCCGGACAUCUCCCACCC